AUGAGUUAGCAAAGCAUUCAAGAAAAAUUAGAGGAUUACACUAAUGAAGUCUGCAAAAAAUUGCGCUCUGGUGAAGUUGUUUCAAUGACAAAAACCAGAUAUAUGGAAUUAUAUAAGUACUAUCCCAUCUAUUAACAAUUCAAGUUGGACAUUUGAAUUUCAAACCAAUCAGGCUCAUAAAUUAAAGGAAACUUUUGAAAUUUGGUUAUUGAAAUAUCUAGAAACCUAAAUGAUUCCUCAAUUAAUAAACUCUUAAGAUUUUGUCGAAUCGUUUAUUUUUGAAAUAGAUCUAUUUAAGUGUCUAUUAAGAUAUUUCUCAACUUUGAUCCAUAAUUAUGAUUGCUUAUUAGGAUCUCCUUAACUAUAUAUUGUGGAAAUAGGUUUGCUAAAUUUUGAUGCAAAAGUGAUGACACUUGAAACCAUCAAGUAGAAAUAUAAAAAUUCAUUCAUUGAUUUGCUAAAUCAAAUACGACUAACAAACAAUCCAAAUUAGAAAUAAUAACUGCAAAGUUUUAUCGAAGUAAAUAAGUUUUGCUAUUUGUAGAUAUUAGAUUUGAAUGCAAUGGCUUAGAGGAAUAGAUUAGAAAUACUAAGCGUUGAUCAACAAGUUAUUGUUGCAGUCAGAUAGAAAACUCCAAAAAUGCAAUCACUUCCAAGUCCUAAAACAACCUUUGAUACUCUCCUAUAUAAUACAUUGUUAGAAGGAACAAGAAAAAUCUAUUAAGAAUUAUCUCUCAAUUGGAUAUCCACUGGUUCUAGCACUGAGUACGUAAAGUUAGCCACACAAUAAGUAAUAAUCGAAGAAUCAUUGAAUAAUCAAUUUUAUAAGAAGUUCUAUACGCCAAUAGAAAUUAUAAAAACAUUUGUAAAUGAAAUUCUAGAACAAAGAGUUGAUAAAAUUCUCUAAAAUCCUCAAGAUGGUAUGUAACAGCAAUUUGUGUAAUUAAGAAACAGUUUUGAUUUAUCGCCCAUCUCAAAGCUCUAUUAAUUAUAUAAGAAUGCAACUAAUUAUAUAGAUAAAUUAUUGUAAGAGUUUCAACAAUUUAUUCGUAAUUAAAUUACUCAAAUCAUGUCAGAAUCUGAAGAAAAACCUUAACAAUAAUAAAUGCCAUAACAGCAAACUAAAUAAACAUAAUAACAAUAAGGUGCUAAAACUAUGCAGAUGCAUUUAGCCUAAAUUGAUAAUCUCUAAAAACUUUAUGAAUAUUGCUUAAGAUUGGUGUAAAUUAGUUUUGAGGAUUCACAUAGGUUUAGAAAUCAUAUGGAAUUAACAUUUAAAGAGAAAUUAAAUUAAGCUGAUAGAUUUAUGGAUAAAUUGUCAAUGUAUAUUCACAUAUCUUUGAAAGACAAAUUAAAAGAAACUAACAAUGACGAGGAUAGAUAAAAAUUUGAAAAAUUCAACAUCAACAUUCUAGCCUUCAUCCUAUUAAUUAAUAGCAAGGGCAAAUUAUUUUAAAAGAUUACAGACAAUCUGAAAAGCAGAAUUUUCAGAGGAGAAAUUAAGAAUCUCGGAUACGAGGAAGAAUUUCUAAAAUCAUUAAGAAGAGAGCAUCCUGAACAUUUGCCAUCAGAUUUAUUAACAGUUUGGAAGGAUUUCAAAUAUUAUAGAAAUUUAGACAAUGAAGUGUAAAUUCUUAUGUCGGAUUCUAAAAUAUUAUAAGGAACGAAUGUUUAAUUUACUAUUUUUACAAGGACAAAUUCUUUGAAAGAGUUUAAUACUUUGAAUAAUAGAGAUAAAAUUAAUCCUCCAAAAAUGAUUUAAUAGGCGAUAAAUAAAAUGGAGCUGCUUUAUUCAAAAAAAUAAUAAACCGAAAAGAAAUCGUUGGUUUGGAAUUAUAGAAUAGGAUAAUCAACUAUUAAUUAUAAGUAAUUAUUAUAUAUAAUACUUAGAUUUGGGCCAGCACCCUAAUAAGUGGGCAAGAUUUUCGUCUCUAAUCUAUAACUCUUUAUUAUUCUUAAUUUAAAAUAAAAUGGAGGAAGAUCCAAAGGGGAAUUAUUAAAUGACAUAGGUAUUAGUUAUGAAGAGGAAUUGAGUUAAUAAUUGGAAAAUCUUUUAGAUUUUCGACUUCUUGUGGAGACAGAUGGAAAAUAUAAUCUCUAAACAGAAUAGGCUAAAUUGAAAAUGCAACUUGUUCCCAAUAGGCCAAUUUCUUUAGUACCAAAGAAAGUUGGAGAAAAUACUGAGGAUCAACUGAUGUUGAAAAAAGAAAGAGAUGUUAAAAUUUAAUCAAGUAUUGUGAAAUUGAUGAAAUCAAACAAAGAAAUGUAUUAUCCAUAAAUAUAUGCUGGAGUAUAGAAGGGAUUACUUGGAUAUUACGAUUUUUCUGCUUAAGAUAUUCUUGCUCAAAUUGAUGAGCUAAUAAAUUCAAAUUACAUAAAAAGAGAUGAAAAAAUUAAUAAUAAGUUUUAAUAUACACCCGUGUGA